GCCCAGACCCCGCCCCUCGUGUCCGCUGUUUCCGGCAGUGUUAAUAAAGUUGCAGCGGUUUGCCGUUUGCGGCGGACAACAUGGCGGCUUCCAUGCUGGGUUUUCUGCUGCGGACCGUCCGGCAGAUGGUUCCUUCAUCAGCUUCAGGCCAAGUUCGAAGUUACUACGUAGACUGGAAAAUGUUGCGUGAUGUGAAGAGAAGAAAAAUGGCUUAUGAGUAUGCAGAUGAGAGGCUACGGAUCAAUUCUCUCAGGAAAAAUACCAUUUUGCCUAAAGACCUUCAGGAAGUAGCUGAUGAAGAAAUCGCUUCCCUUCCCCGGGAUAGCUGUCCUGUUAGAAUCAGAAAUCGGUGUGUUAUGACGUCCCGUCCACGAGGUGUAAAGCGGCGCUGGAGGCUUAGUCGUAUCGUCUUCCGUCACUUAGCCGACCACGGGCAGCUGUCUGGGGUCCAGCGAGCAAUUUGGUAAUCAGCUCCAGAACCUAUUGAACUUGCAAGGAAACCAGUUCUGGCAAGAGACUUUUCUAACAGACAAAAAGCUUUUAUGAGGGUGCAGAAUAGGAGUCUAAUCUACCGAAUGCUGUCUGUAGUUAAAUUACUUUUACAUUUUAAAUGAAGAAAUUUGAAUGUUUCCUUCUGUCAGUGAAUUCUGGCUGUGAAUUAUCUUUUCUCUUGGAUUUAAUAAACAUCCUGUUACCAGGCAUAGGGCAAAGGAUAGAGUAAUAAAAAAAUAUUUCUAUGAAAGUAA